ACAAACACAAACACCGGACAACAUCUUCACAGGUGCAGCUGACGAUACCUCUGUGCCUGAAUUACAUCUAAAUCACCCGGUGUGUGUUAUUUAUCCCGGUGUGUGUUAUUUAUCAAUCUUCAAUGUCUGCGCGAGUUUUAUCGACGCGGCCCCGUUACGGCGCGCACGCGGAGGAAACCCUCGACCAGCACCGUUACACCGGCACUUCCGCCGGUCUCGCGACCGCCGGUUACCGUUCCGCUAAAUACACCCCGGAUGAGUGGUUCGCCAACAACCGCGCCGCGCUGAACCGGGCCGCCGCAGAGAGCGCGAGCGCCGAACAGAUCCAGCGCGUGUCCAAAGCGCUCCGGGCGGAAACCGAGGCGAUCGGCGCGCUCCGGCAGACCGACGGCACCAGGCACCUGGGCGAGCGCCUGCAGAAUAUCCACUUCCGGAAGUCGGAGCUGGAGCGGCACAUCGCGCGCCUGCAGGCGGACACCGAGCGGCUCGCGACGCUGAAGCGGAGGCUGGAGAAAGCGCUGCACGCCACCGAGAUCCCGUUCGCCAUCGCCGCGGAUAACCUCACGUGCAGAGAGAGACGCUCCGGUCCAGACCUCGUUCAAGACCGAGUGGAGGAAGAACUUCUCAAAGAAGUGGAGCUGAUUAAGAGUGUCCAAUCUCUGCUGAAGGAAACUCUAGAUCAGACUGUCAGUCAGAUCAGGCUAAAUCGGAACACUCAACAGAUUCUGGAGCUCGACUGGUCUGAUAAACACGAAGCCUACAGUCUGGACGAUCAGUGUGGACGCUAUGGCAACACCAGCACAAACACACAACAUCAUGCUAACUCAGCUACAGCGCAACAUCAGGUGUGUGAUGUAGAUGGGUGGAUGAGGUUCACUCAGAGUAACGUGGCUCAGGCUGAGCGUGAGGAGGAGGCGAGUGUGGCGCUGUGUAUGUUGUGUGAGCGUGUGCUGCAGGAGACUGCUGAGGACCUUCAGGUGCAGAGCGACACCGUGAAUGAGGCCUUCACACAGCGCUGCAAGGAGCUCACACACAUCAAGAGCCAGCUGGAGCUGCAGCUUAAACAGGUACUGGAGCAGAUCGGUUCUCAGGAGCGGAACAUCAGCUCUCUGCAGCAGGCCGUGUUUGAUAAAGAGGCUCCUCUGCGUGUGGCUCAGUCACGACUGCGCUCCCGAGCACAGAGACCCAACAUGGAGCUGUGCAGAGACCAGCCUCAGAUCAGUCUGCUCGGUGAGGUGGAGCAGAUCUCAGGCAGUGUGUGUGCUCUGCAGCAGCAGUUGUAUGAGGCGCGCGACUCUCUCGCUCGGCUGGAGGAGAACAGGAUGCUGCUGGAGAAGGACAUCGGCUGUAAAACACACUCGCUGCUCAUCGACCGGGAGAAGUGUCUGAAACACCGCACACUGUACCCCACCGUGCUCACGCUGUCCGGAUACUGACACACACACACACACACACACACACUGUAUCCCACCGUGCUCACGCUGUCCGGAUACUGACGCACACACACACACACACACACACACACACUGUACCCCACCGUGCUCACGCUGUCCGGAUACUGACACACACACACACACACACACACACUGUACCCCACCGUGCUCACGCUGUCCGGAUACUGACACACACACACACGCACACACACACACACACACUGUACCCCACCGUGCUCACGCUGUCCGGAUACUGACACACACACACACACACACACACACACACACACUUCAGUGAAUUUAUCAAGGCUCUGCCUGAUUUGGUUUGCUGUGUUAUCUUUCAUUUUAAUAUUCAGAUCUGUUCAGAAGUUGUGAUGUCGGAUCAGAGGCUGUAUCUCGGACAGACUUUGAUCAAUCGUAAUCGUAACUUGGUCCACUUCAUCGGCAGCGUGAUCCGAGGGUCCAUGCCGGAUGUGAAAACAGCGCCAUCUACAGGUCAUUAUAUUUGAAAAAUGAAAGUUUUUGCUUGUAACUUCUGAAUACUUGGUCAGAAAAUGAUGAUCUCGGUGUGUCUGCAUUCAUCCUGUCACCAAUUCUCCCAGGAUCGGACUUAACUUCCUGUCCGCCAUUUUGAAAUCUGUCAUAAACUGUAAUAUCUUUUAAAAUAUUUGACAUAUCGGCACAAAAUUUGGUAGGGAUCAUUUAUAGUGUCCUCUAGUUUGCUGAAAUUUGAGCACAGUGUAACGGGCAUGGAAAAUAUUCCAUACAUUUAAUAUGUAGAAUUACACAAAAGGAAACGUAUACCUGAUGUAACUGUCUACUUGUGUGAGUACUUUCCCCUUUAAAUGUCAUGAUGUCAUUGGUCCAUGUAAUUUCCUGUUUUCGCUCCUCCUCUUCGCGUUGUAAUUGAAUGGCAGAGGUAGGUUUAAUCUUGAGUUCUCGAUAAUCUUGUUUCAUCUUUAUUUAAAUCAUCAUUAAAAUACAUAUAUACUCAUUUUAA